AUGGCAAAAUUCUGUGGGCUGUCCCUGCAAGCCUCUGCCCCUUCAUGUGGAGGAUCAAGUGUAAAAGUCAGAGUUGGGCCCAGAAUGGCCGUUGGGUUGAUUGGAAUAGCAGAGUUCAACCCAAAAGGGGAUCCUGCUGUUGAUAGUUUUCUCAGGUCAAUUUGCUCUUUUACUGGGCUUAACUGCAAUGAUUUAGUUACAUCACUUAGCGGAUUUAAUUGUUGUCUCAAUGCUCCAGCGAUCAAUAACUACCCGGAAAAUGAGCCUCAAUCAACAUUAACAAAAAAUCUGAUACACCUCUCGCAGAGUGAGUCUGUGAUUGCAAAGUUUGAUGGGUUUCUACCGUAUAAUCUAAGGCGUUACGAAGCAUUCAGACCGCCUGUUUAUAAUGUGGCCAACCUUCCAAGUGACCUUCCUCUGUUUCUGAGCUAUGGAGGCAAUGAUGCAAUUUCUGAUGUUGAAGAUGUUCAGUAUUUAAUUAAUAUUCAGAAAUAUCAUCUUGGAGAUAAGCUAAAAUCUUUGUUUGUAAAAGAUUACGGACACUUUGAUUUCAUUAAAGCUGUAAAUGCCAAGGAUCUUGUUUAUAAUGAAGUUGUAGACUUCUUUAAAAGUUAG